AUGAGGUUAGUGAGUAUGGGUGUCCGUGUACGGCGGAAUGCUGAACCUUCUGAACCCAAAACAGUACAUGAAUUUCAUCCUUCACCUCGACCUCAGCAUGACUAUGAAAACAUGAAGAACAAGUUCAUGAAUGAGCUGGAACAUCUUCCAUUGCCGAUGUGGGCUGUAGGAGCCAUAGUGAUGGUGGUUCUAGCCCUUGUGGCUUGCUUUACAUAUUGCAUGUUCAGAAAAUGCCUUGGCAAGAAGAAGAAAUCCAAAAAAGAUCGGGAGAGAAAGAGAGCAGGGCGAAGAAGAACAGAAGGGGCCAUAGGAGAGGCAGAAGGAGAACAAAAGGUGGAAGGAGAGAAAAAAGAGGGAGAAGAGGAAAAAGAGCAUGAAAAAUUGGGAAAACUGGAAUUCUCUUUAGAUUACAACUUCACUGAUGCUCAGCUGAUAGUUGGCGUACUGCAGGCUCAGGAUCUUGCUGCUAUGGAUAUUGGUGGCACAUCUGAUCCAUAUGUGAAAGUAUAUCUGCUUCCAGACAAAAAGAAGAAGUUUGAAACUAAAGUUCAGCGCAAAAACCUCUGUCCUGUGUUCAACGAGACCUUUAUUUUCAAGAUCCCCUAUGCUGAAUUGGGUGGCAAGACACUGGUGCUUCAGGUGUUUGAUUUUGACCGGUUUGGCAAACAUGAUGUGAUUGGCCAGAUAAAGAUUCCUGUGAACAGUGUGGAUCUCGCACAGCCGUUGCAUGAAUGGAGGGAUCUCGAAAAUGGAGAAAAGGAGGAGGAGAAACUCGGAGAUGUAUGUAUUUCUUUGCGUUACGUGCCCACUGCUGGAAAACUCACAGUUAACAUAAUGGAGGCCAAAAAUCUCAAGAAAAUGGAUGUUGGAGGUUUAUCAGACCCCUAUGUGAAGAUUGUAUUACAGCAUAAUGGUAAGCGGCUGAAGAAGAAGAAAACUACGGUGAAGAAGAACACAUUAAAUCCAUACUUCAAUGAGAGCUUUAGUUUUGAGGUCCCAUUUGAACAGAUUCAGAAAGUUCAACUUGUCAUCACUGUGUAUGACUAUGACAAGCUGGGCAGCAAUGACCCUAUUGGCAAAACAUUAAUAGGCUAUGGUGCCACAGGUGUUGGCUUGCGUCAUUGGUCAGAAAUGCUGGCCAAUCCCCGGCGUCCAGUAGCCCAGUGGCACACGCUCCAGCCUGAGGAAGAGGUGGAUGCUGCUCUGAAGGCACCACAUCGCUAA